AGGUGAGACUCAAAGGAGGCGGAUCCUCUUACAAAUAAGCGCUUCAAGCUCGAGGAUAGAUUCAGUUCAAGACCUGUGAAGUGGCUGUUUUUCACCAUGUUGUGGACCGCCGGUCUGAGCCUCCUCUGGGCCCUGUGCGUCCUCGGAGCCCCCGCGAACAAACAGACGAGACAGAAGGUGCUGCUGAUCUCCUUCGACGGCUUCCGCUGGGAUUACGACCGCGACGUGGACACGCCGCACCUCGACAAAAUGGCCGGGGACGGAGUGAAAGCUCUGUAUGUCACACCUCCUUACCUCACCAUCACCAGCCCUUCACACUUCACCCUCUUGACAGGCCGCUACAUUGAGAACCACGGGGUAAUCCACAACAUGUGGUUCAACACAACCACCACUCAGACGAAGCCGUACUAUCAGACUCAGUUUGUGAAUGAGUGGUGGGACAAUGGCAGUCUGCCUAUCUGGAUCACAGCGCAGAAACAGGGGCUAAAAGCUGGCUCCCUUCAUUUCCCUGGCACAGCUUCCAGUUACCAGGGACAGGUUGCCGUGGUGCGGGAAGUGGAGCCCUUGCUCUACAACUACAAAAACGAGACUGCAUGGAGGAUGAAUUCUGACAAGGUCAUGGGCUGGUUCAGAGACCAGAAUCUGGACUUUGUAUCCCUGUACUUUGGCGAGCCAGACGGCACGGGUCACAGAUACGGCCCCGACUCUCCGGAACGUCGGGAGAUGGUGAGGCAAGUGGACCGCACGGUGGGAUACAUCCGACACUCGGCCGAGCGACACGGGCUGAGCGACCGCCUGAACAUCAUCAUCACGGCGGACCACGGCAUGACUUCGGUGUACCGCAACGGCCUGGUGGAAGAAAUCACCCUGUUCAAUAUACCCGGCUUCUCUUUCGGCGACCUGGCCUUUCACCUGGUGGACUUUGGCCCUUCUGGGAUGCUGCUGCCCAAGCCGGGGAAGCUGGAGAAGGUUUACAACGCCUUGAAGGGUUCCCAUCCACACCUCCAUGUGUACAAGAAGGAAGAGAUGCCAGAGCGUUUCCACUUUGCCAAGAAUGAUCGUAUCCUCCCCAUCGUUUUAUGGGCUGACUCAGGAUAUGUCAUCAACGGGUAUUUUCCGGUUCAGUUUAACAAAGGCGAGCACGGCUUCGACAACCAGGAGCUGGACAUGAAGGCGUUCUUCAGGGCGGCGGGUCCGGCGUUUCACAAGAACCUGGAGGUGGGGCCCUUUGAGACGGUGAACAUCUACGCCCUGAUGUGCCACAUCCUGAACAUCCGGCCCGAGGUCAACGACGGCCACCUGGACGUCACCAAACACAUGCUGGUUACCAGUCCUAAACCGGGUGAACCUGUGAAUUAUCUGGAGAAAGUCUUCACCGGGCUGUCGGCAGUGGGUGGAUUUCUUGUUGUAGUUUUUAUAGCCAUGGUGUCUCACAACAUACUGAAGAAGAAACGCAGGAGUCAAAGAUCGGGGAGUUCAAAACAUCUUCCAGAAAACGAAACUACACAACAAAGUUCAUUCUAAUCUUUGCAAAUGAACACUUCAGUGUGAGAUCAAGACACAGCUGUGUGUGAGGAAAUGAACGCCCGUGUGAAGAGCACGAGGAACCAAAAAAGAAAAAAACACUGGACACAAAUGAACAGAACACACAAGUAGGCCUUACAAUAAAGAGGGAUCA